UUCUCUUUAUAAUCUUCACCAAAAACACUUCAUUAUUCCACUAAAACAAAACUCUCUAUUAGUCUUGUGACAAAUAACACAUUGCAACAUGAGAGACGAGUUAAUCUUGUUGGAUUGUUGGGCAAGUUCCUAUGGAAUGAGGGUGAAGAUUGCCCUUGCGGAGAAGGGGCUUGAGUUCGAGUGUCGUGAAGAAAACUUUCAAGACAAAAGCCCUCUUUUACUACAAUCUAACCCGAUUCAUAAAACAAUUCCGGUUUUGGUUCACAAUGGCAAUCCCAUUUGUGACUCCCUCAUCAUUGUCAGGUACAUUGAUGAGGUUUGGCACAACAAAUCACCAUUACUUCCAUCCGAUCCUUAUGAAAGAUCACAAGCCUUGUUUUGGGCUGAUUACAUUAACAAAAAUAUUUAUAGCAUUGGGACAAGAGUAUGGAGGGGAAAAGGUGAUGAAGAUCAAGAGAUAGCUAAAAAAGAAUUCAUAGAAUGCUUGAAGAAAUUAGAGAAUGUCUUAGGAGAUAAGCUCUAUUUUGGGGGUGAAAAUGUAGGAUUUGUGGAUGUGGCACUUGUACCCUUUACAAGUUGGUUCUAUACCUACGAAACUCGUGGUAAUUUUAGCAUCACGGCAGAGUGCCCCAGGCUUGUUUCAUGGGCUAACCGAUGUGUUAGUGAAAACCAAAGCGUUGCGAAAGCUCUCCCCCACCCUUCUGAAAUCUACCGCUACGCCCUGAAUCUUUUAAGCAAAGACCCAAAAUGAAGUAGAAAUUCCAUUAUUGUCGUUGUACCUUCAUUUUGUAAUAAGCUUGUGUUUGACACCUUUAAUCUAGUAUUGUACACAUUAGUACUAUUUAAGUUAUAAGAAAGCUUGUUUACUUGA